CUGUAACAGGUUGAGUGUUUUAAGAGGAGGGUAAUGGGGACAGGAGAGGAUGGCAGCUAACAAAAACAUUGAAAUGGUUUCAUUUUACGUUCACCUCCAUAGUAGAUCAGGAGGUUUUCAGAGAAAUCUCGAUCUAGAAAUGACUGUAUCACCGAUGUAAGAGACGAAUAAUCCUGUUUAUCAGACUGAUUGAUUGUUAAAAACUUUUUGAAAAUUUCCAAUUUCCAAUUAAUCCAAUUAAUUUCAUAUCUGCACUCCAGUUGCAGUGUAAUAUGCCAUUUAAAAUCAUCCUUUUGAAAAUGUGACCUUUAAAGCAGUACGCCAAAAACUGAUAUGAGCUGUGCAGUUACCAUGCUGUUUAUUUUUCAUACAGUGUGAGUCACUAUUAUUGUGCUUCUGCCUCUUGCUCCAUCAUUUAUCAGUGCCAGAGUCUGUUGCUUAGCAACAAGAGUCUCAAGCCACAUCACCAAAUGUUACGUUUGAAAGUGGUCCAGCACAUGCUCGGCUAUUUCUGACCCACGCUGAGAAGGAUGACGGAGAGACGAGAGAGGAUGAUUAAUACGAGGCUGUGAUGCUGAUGAUGAUGAUAUGGAGACACUGUUGCUAAGGGCAAAGAAAAGAUGGUUGAAAGGAAAAGGAAAUUUGGAGCACAACCUCUUGACAAAAGGCAAAUAAACCCAGGCAGUCUCUGAGGUAGGAGGUUUUACGAUGGGAAAGUAAGACGGAUGGAGAGAAUGGAAACCGUUUGGGCGAGAACAGAGAGUGGAUGGAGGAGGGAGAGGUAAUGCUGCUGCCCAAUCAGGAGCAGAUGCCUCAUCGGCUGCAUCCAAUGGCAUCAGAGCUGGCUGCUUCAGUGCAGGGAAGCAGCUCUGCUGCUGUUAUUAAUGAAUGGAGCAUCUCUCUGCUAACAUCACACCACUCCUCAUCUCUGUCUCUCUCUCUCUCUCUCUCUCUCUCUCUCUCUCUCUCUCUCUGACACUCACUCACUUCUCUCCAUCUUUGCAGAGGUGAAAACAACCUCAGAGGCUUCUCUACCUUUGGUACCGAGCAAAUAAUCAACACCUCUGACGCAAAAUGAAGCAGCAGCAGGAGGACGAGAGUGCUGAUGGCACUCCAUCCUGUACAGUUCCACCAUCUUCUUCUUCCUCAUCUGCCCUGGUUCCACCGCCAACCCGGAGAUCCAUCUCUAUGGGUGACUUCCGUCGCGCCCAGCCUGGUUCUGAGACGCCGUCUGCCCCGGCCACAGCACCGUCCUCCAAACUGGUGACCCCCAGCUCAAGCAUGGAGUUUGAGGCGGCUCGACGCCGCCUGCUGGAAGUCGAGGAACGGCGGCGUGUCAUCCAGGAAAUGGAGCGCCGCUUGGAAGAGCUGCGUGAGAUGUUCGUUCGCUCGGAACGUGAAGCGGCUGAGCACGGUGAGCUGGUGGCGCGAGUGGCGGCCACUGCUCAGCAGAGUGAACUUUACGUUUCCGAAAACUCUAAGCGGCUGAAGAAGGGGCUGCGCUUCAAACGGUAUCGGCCCACCAUCAUCUUCUCGUCCAUGCUGGGUCUCAGGACGUGUCUGCCAUGGCCCGUCAAACUCAAAUAGCAGUGGACGAGAAGAACUUUCUCUCGGGUCUCAUAUAAGGGAAAUUAUUUCCGAAAGCCCUAAACAUUUUUUUAAGUUUUGUUCUUCACGUGAUAUCUGUUCUGAGGACAGAGAUGAGAACACUCAUGAGUCCUGCUGCUUUUAUGUGAGACUUGUGUAAUCUUCGCUGCCGUGUGAGACACCACACUACUCCUCAGAGAUCUUGUGUACUGUAUGUAUGGGAGAUGCUCCACUCUCUUUGUGUUGUGGAUGUGUGAAGAUAGCAGAUUGUGUGUGUGUGUUGUUUUUUUUUUUUAAGUACGUCUUUGAUCUUGAACAGAGAGAGAGACUCAGAGGUGCUGUGAAACUUCACAUUAUGUGACAUUAAGAGACGGAGAGCUCUCAAAACUCUCCUUUUCUAUGAGAAACAAUUUGCCUACAGCCUCGAAUGGUGUAGAGUUGACGUCAGACCUGCGUCUUCAAGUCACGUAUUGCGUUAUUUGUGGCGGUUAUUAUGGAUGUAAAGUCCUCGAUUGGUGUAGAGUUGAUGUUAGACCUGCGUUUGUGGUGGUUGUUAUGGAUGCUGCUCUUCUCUCUUGGGUUCAGAGCUUGGACACAGGGGAAUGAGCUCUCGUCACCUCACUCGUGGCCGCCUGUUCAGUCUGUGCUGGCGAGAAACUCUUCUACUUUCUGUUUGCUUCAGAAUGUAUGGUAAUACCAACAGAACCUCUAGAUUAACAUCGGCUAAUAGUCUUUCAUGUUGCUGCUUUAUCUUAGGCUGGGUUUCUAGAAGGUUCUACUUUUAGUUAAUGACACAAGGACCUAUGUAAAGUUCAUAUAUCAUGUGGUGGUGUUUUUUUGUUGUUGUUUUUUUAAAAUGUCCUUAAGGGCAUGUUUAGUAUUUAAACGUUCAGGUAUAAGAUGAAAACACAGGUGCAAAAGAUCAUAACCGAUGUGGUGGUUUCCGGGUGCAUUUUUGUGUGUACGUAUAUGUCGGCCGGUUCAACAGGGUCGAUAUGAAGUCACUCUAAGCACCAACACUGCAUUUCUAACUCUAUCUGUUGUCUUCUGAGCAUUGUCUUUCAUUAUGAUCAACAUCAGAAAGUUUUUAGAGCCCAGUCCUGGACAUGGUCUGAAUGUGAUCUCUUUCUGUCUGUGUGCACAUUUUUCCUUGUGUACUUGUGAGGGGGGAAAAAAUGUUGAGGCUCAAGAGAAAGUCACCUGGGAUUUCUAUUCUUGGCAAGUGCAGGUUAGGACAGGAAGAUUCUGUGUGUGUGUGUGUGAGAGAGAGAGAGAGAGAGAGA